UUGAAAAAGUCGAUUAUGUUAGUCUCCACAGUAGAUGUGAAGGUACAGCCUCAUCUGAUGACAGUUUCAUUCAUUCCUAACGAAUACACAAAGUGGCAUAUACUAUUCAUAACAUAUAAAGUAUGACUUUGCAUAUUCUCGUUAGAUGUUACUGGGCAGUAGACGUGACUACGACCAGCCACAUUACAAUAUUGCGUUGCUUAAUUAAGUUUCUCAUCACCAUAAUUGUCUGGAAUUUUUCAUCCUGUUUUGGUUACGCCUAGCUGUUCAGCAUCAGUGUAAGUAUAUACUGUGAACGGUCUUCAUUUCACACCCACACACACGUCAAUAAUCAGCCUGUCUCACUCCCUGUAACCUGAGCCCUCUAUGAUGUCACUUCCUGCCAGUCAAGCGCUCCACCUCAGCCCCUACUCGUGUUGCAGCCGCUCUCAGGUUACACUGCACCGUCUCAUGCAUUUUGGGAAAUGAAGGUAUGUAGCAAGCUAAGGUCAAGACCCUAAAGCUCGGCUCCCAUCUCCUCCGGUCUCGCUGCAGAAAAAUCCGGCACCGGGAAUGAGCGGCAUCCCGGCCAGCUGACGUGCUUCAGACGAGCGCCGUAUGUUAUUUAUGAAGUCAAGGCUGCUGGGAGGGAGGGACCUUCAGGAGUUGUUGAAUCGGAGCGAGCGAGCCACCAAAACAGAAGUUAACUAAGAAGGAGGGACGAAUGAACGGGUCGAGUGUGAGCUCCCACAGCUAGGAGUACAGAGAAUAGUGGAACUGUGUUUGCCCUCCCUGCCGCGGGACAGGCAGAGGACGGGGCGCACGGGACGCAGGGGUACAGGGCAAGAUUAUGGGACAGGGAGCCAGCACUCAGACUUUAAACCCGAACCCUGCCUACAUAACAGAUGAUGAAGUGGAUCAUAGUGUGCCAGAGAGUGAUGGAGCACCUCCAGGAGCGGGAACCCCUUCGGCGAAGGGCAAGGGCAAGUUCUCCGGCCUGGGCAAGAUCUUCAAACCCUGGAAGUGGAGGAAGAAGAAAAGCAGUGACAAGUUCAAGGAAACAUCAGAAGUGUUGGAGAGGAAGAUUUCGAUGAGGAAGCCCAGAGAGGAGCUGAUAGAGCGAGGGUUACUGAAGGACGUCCCAGAGAAUGAGAGUAAUGACGUGAAUCACAAAGCUCCUACGGUGAAGAACGGCCACACUGCUCCAGUGCCUGGAGAGCGCAGGUCAGACACAGGCUCAGAGGUCAAGGGGCCAUCUUCACGGCCACAAGGAGAAGAACACAGGAACAGCCUCGUACCUGAACCGGAGCGCCGCAACCGAGCGCCCUCCGAUGUCAGUCGCAACCGUCAGCCGCUGGACGUGGACGCUCGGACGCGGUUACCACCUGAAACGGACCGACGCAGCCGACUGGAGUCAGACAUGGAGAGACCAGCAGGAUCUUUACAGAGAGAAAGACAAGGACAGGAGGAGGGACGAUAUCGGCGGGAGGAAAGAGACGAGAAAACGAGCAGGGACAGAGAACGACGGGAUAGAAAAGACGACAGGGAAGGAAGAGGUGAACGCAAAGAUGACAGAGACAGACGAGACAGGAGGCCGGAUAAAGAAGACUGGCAUGGAAAAGGUGAGCGAGAUGAGCGUGAGAAAGAGAGGAGGAAUGACAGAGAAAAGCGGGAAGAGAAAGACUGGAGAGAAAACAGGGACAGGAAACAACCACGAGACAGGAAAGAGGAUCACGAAAGACGGGAAGAGCCAGAGAGAGUAGACGAGCGAGAGCGGAAGGAGCAGAGCGAGAGGAGGGAAGACAGGGAAAGAAGAGAGGAACGGGAUAGACGUGAGGAGAGAGACAGAAAAGAUGAGAGAGAUAGGAGAGACGUCAGGAGGCCAGAGCCUGUGAAACAGGUGUCUGAUGGGAAACUCUUCCGGCCUCAGUCAGAACAAGACAUGCGGCCCAUUCUUCAGAAGAGCUCGUCUGACAUUGGACAGAAGGUCCGGCCCGUUUCAGAGGCCAUCCAGAGCAGCACACUGCCACGACACACACCUGCAGAGGAGGAAACAAGGGCACGGACAGGAUCAGUGGGUGUGCGGUUUAUUCCUGAGCCCAAACCUGCACCAAGUGCCUCCACUAAAGACUCCCAGCCGCACCCUAAACAGGCCAUUCUCCCUCCCAAAUGGCUGAUGGCGUCUUCCUCCUCCUCCACUGAGACUCCUCCAGUCCCAUCCUCCUCCUCUUCGUCAUCAUCAUCAUCUUCAUCCUCAUCCUCUGUUCCCCCCAUUGCUAAGCCACCACCACGGACUGUGUCUUUAAAAGUAGACGACUCCACCCGAAGUAAUCCCAUUCCUCCCGUUACAGCAGGAGACCAUGAAGCUCCGCCCACUGUUUCCACCCAUUCUACCCCUCCCACUGUUCCCGCCCACUCUACCCCUCCCACUCUUCCUGCCCACUCUACCCCACCCACUGUCUCCGCCCACCCCAACCCUCCUGCCCCUACUGCCCCUAAACAGCCGCCAGUGCCCCCUCCCAAACCCUCCCAUCACAACAGCAACACUGCACUGCAAGCUUCAACGUUACAAAGAUAUUACAAAGCUCCACCUCCUCAGUACUGGACGAGCUGGAGACGGCAGGCAGAGUCUGGAGUCUAUCUCUCCCUGCCCACCUACCUCAGCCAAAGGGGCGCUCAGCUACGCCCAGUGGAUCCCUCCCAAGUCAAGCGAUCUCCUCCCAUUCCCCCAAAGAGGAUGACUCCUGUGACCAAGCGCCACUCAGAAGACUCUUCGGCCAAUCAGCCUGAGCCUCCGCCCCCAGGCCCCGCCUCCAUUCCGGCCCCAGCUUCUGCCCCGCCCCCUGCCCAAUCAGACAGCGGCAAAAACUCAGAAGCGGUCUCUCCUCCACCGACUCAUAUCCCUCCAUCCCCUAUCCGUGCCCACCCGCCCCCUGAGGUCCCCCACGUGGACCCGCCCAGCCCCACCACAGAGCCGCCCUCGCAGCCGCCCUUACCUCUGCACAUACGCAUCCAGAGAGCCUUGAACAGUCCUGGCCCAGUCCAGCCCAACCCGGAAGGAUCCCAGCGAGCUCAUUCGCUUCUGUUUGAGUUACCACCGGACUUUCUGGCUGAGGCCCCAGGAGGGGGGCGAAACUCUCUUCCAGUCACUAUCGAACCUCUGCGACUGCCUGAGGAUGAUGAUUUUGACAUUGAAGAAGAGCUGCAGAAGCUGCGGCCCGCCCCUCGGCCCACACUCCAGCUGGAGCCGCGCAGCCGCCGCGGUAUGGUGGGAGACCGGGAGGGUCAAUGUGUUACUUUCAUGACUGGGCAUGGGGAAUGGGGAGAGGGGGGGGGAGGAGAGAGCGAUUAUGGUUUAUGAUUGAAUUAUAGAUUUGAUGGUUGAUGUUGUGACGAUGAGGAGGAUGUGCCCACAAGUGGGCUUGCGAGCCGUGUGAAGCGUAAGGACACUCUGGCUCUAAAGCUGGAGCGUCAGCAGGAGAAAGAGCAGUCUCAGGACCAGGAGAACAUCACCUGGAACAACAAAGAGCAGUGGGAAGAUGUCCGCAACAAGAUCGGCAGCGCCCUCACAAGGAGGCUGAGUCAGAGACCCACCGCACAAGAGCUUGAGCAGAGAAACAUCCUACAAGCCAAGGAUGAAGCAGAUCGACGGAAAGAAAGAAGUGAAAUCAAGCGCAGACUGACCAGAAAGUUGUCCCAGAGGCCUACGGUGGCUGAGCUGCAGGCCAGAAAGAUCCUGCGCUUUCAUGAGUAUGUGGAGUGCACUCACGCUCAAGACUACGACCGGCGCGCCGACAAACCCUGGACCAAACUCACACCUUCUGACAAGGCGGCCAUAAGAAAAGAGCUGAAUGAGUAUAAGAGCGCAGAAAUGGAAGUUCAUGAGGACAGCAGGAUAUACACCAGGUUUCAUCGGCCAUAAUCUGCGUCUCUAAAGAGGAAGCCCCAGACGGAUAAAAGCUGCAGCUAAAAGCCUCCAUCUCACUCCAGCAUCCUGUUUCCCAUGAUCCUCCAGCCUGUACUGACGAGUCCCGGGUCAGCCACUCAGUGCUCUGGAGUCAAGAGGAGGAGGAGGAAGUGAUGCGGGUGUGUGCGGGAUGCUGGUAUUUCUGGGGAGCGGGUUUGGAGGGCCAGUGCACUGUAGAGUUCCCAUGAUUCCCACAGCGUGGACUGGGGUGUUUUUAUCGUUUUUAUGGUACACUCGUUUCUAUGAUCAAGAAUGUGCUUGUGUACCCAACAAUAAUACUUUUAUGGAAAUUAUGACACUGGAGAUAAACUGUUUUAGUGUUGAGCGAUUGCGAGUGAGUGAUUGAGUGAGUGAGAGAGGGAUGAUAUUUGCUGUCUUCUUAUGCCUUAACACUGGUAAAUGAGUUUUUUAGCCUGACCUUCGAGUAAUACAGAAGAAUGUCUGUAGACACAGAUGCAUGCAACACUGUUUCUCACACUGAACACUCGCUGACUGGUGUGUGCAUCUGAAAGCACAUCUUUGAAAUUCUCAGGACGUUGGCACGUGGUCUCACUUUCUCUGUGCAUUUUACUGAAAUUAACCAUACUCUGACUUUUGCACGCAGAUAAAACACCUGCUUUAAUAUUUUUCAUCUUUUUUUUAACAACAUAGCACUUCACUUUAGAUAUUUCAAGGUGAAUCCCACAAGAACACGCCAUAUUUUACCUAAAAAUCAUAAGAAUUCACUAGAUUUUAUUAGAUAUUACCAGAUAUUAUUUUCAUCAUUUAAGCACAUUUUCCCCCUAAAUUAUUCUUAAUAUAGUGUUGGAUAUUUUACUUUUUUGUGCUUUUUCUCAUGUGCAAUGUUGUCAAUUAUAAUUCUUGUUACUGUAAUAGAUUUUAUAUUUUAUUGCAACAAAAUACUGUAAUACAUUUUUUUUUUUUCAUAUUUAAAAGCAAUAUAUAAAAAAUAAAAAAAACUUUGUUUUUCACAUAUUACCAUAAUGAGAAUGCAAUUAAUUUUUUUUCUCCACAAUGCCAAAAAUUGUAAUGAUCCUAGAGCUUUGUUUUCUUUAAGCAAAACUUUUUGUUUUGGGGUGAAAUAUGAACUUGACAGGCUUCAUGGGAUUCAGCUGUAAAUGAUGAUUUAGUCCACUGUACAUUGAACAAUUUAAAACAGAAUGGUUGAUGUUACAUCAUGGAGUCACUGUAAAAAAAAUCUUGAUGCAUUUUUGAAUGGUACUUAAAAAUGAAAACCUUUUCCACAUCACUGCUGGUUCUAUGAUACACUUUGUUUUGUCUGCCACCAGGGGGCCUGUGCACUGUAUAGAGACAUGCUGUAGAUUGUAUUGUAUAUCUCGUCUUCCUGACAUCAGAAAUUUCUUUUAAUUGUAAUUAUAGUAUUACACAAUCCUGUUUUUUAUAAGGUGCGAACAGAAUGACUACAGGUUAAGUGAUACAAUGAUCCGGUACAAAACAGCUGUAUAGAUACUUUUUUAUGUAAAGAUAUAUUAAAAAGGUCUUUCAAUGAAUACAUGUACAUUUACAAUUAAUUAAAACUAAACUGUGA